GUUAGUGUGGAAAACGUUGGUAAAAAGUGCAAUAAUGACGCAUGUUGGACUGCUGGAAAGCUCUGUCCUCAAAGGAAAUACCACUGACACACAGCAGGGAGCCAAAAAUCCCCAACCUGGCAACCCGCUGCUGAUGUUACUUUGACUAUAACCUCUGAACACACAACUCAAGCAGCAGUUAUGGACUUCAGCGGCACCUGGAAGGUUUACUCUGAGGAAAACCUGGAAGAAUUCCUCAAAGUCAUUGGGGCGCCAGAGAUGGUGGUGAAGAUGCGUAAAGAUGUGAAACCAGAGCUGGUAAUCAAGCAGAACGGCAGAGACUUCACCUGCACCAUGAAGACUCCGUUCUGCAGCCACGUCAACUGCUUCACCGUCGGGAAGGAGUCGGAAAUCCGCGCCCUGGACGGCAGGAAGGUCAAGUGCACCGUCAGGGAAGAGGAUGGGAAGCUGAUCUGUGAGACGUCAAAGUUCACGUCUGUCCGAGAAAUCCAAGGAGACGAAAUGAUCGAUACUAUCACCGCUGGAUCUGUCACGUUCAUCAGCAGAAGCAAACGAGUCUGAUCAGCACAUAUGCAACCUGGUUCAUCUCAUUUAAAGCCAUGGGCCUUUAUUUUGAUCAGGAAUACUGCAAAAUAAAAGAUAUUUUU